GCUUCGUCCACUACCGACACUCAAUUUCCAGUCCGGGGCAAGUGGCUGUGACUCGGCUACAUGCAGAGUUUGAUUCUCAGCUAGGAUUUACAGGUCCCAUUUAUAAAACACUAAGCCCUUGCUCUCAAGUUCAGUUCUGAUCCUUCACAGUCUUCCCUUCACUUCUCAACAUCUCCAUAUCCUCUACCUCUCUAGUCAAUUGAGACUUUUCUCAAACAUCACAAUGAAGUCCUUCUCUCCCAUUGCCCUGGCCCUUCUGGCCGCUGCCGGCUUCGCUGUUGCCGACCCUUCUGCAUCCGAUUGCGCUCAAAUGUGUGUCUCCAACAUGAACAACAAGGCUUCUGAGCUGGGCUGCAAGCCUGGUGACCUGUCCUGCCUUUGCAAGACCGACGACUACAAGUUCGGUAUCCGCGACUGCACCAAGCAGGCCUGCCCCAGCGACGACGCCGAGCAGGUCCUCUCCAUGGCCGUUGCCAAGUGCCCUGGCGGUGUUGCUGGCUCUGACGCUAGCUCUACCUCUGGCUCCGGUUCCGACUCCAGCUCUACUGCCUCUGGCGCCGGUGCUGGCUCUGACUCCACUGGCUCCGUGACUGGUACCUCGACCGGCUCUAUAACCGGUGCUACUGGCGCCGCUGGCUCUACGACUGGUUCCAUCACUGGCUCCAUGACUGGCACCGCUACCGCCACUGGCUCUGGUACUGGUAUAUCUAGCUCCAUUACGACUAUGACCAGCACCGGCACUGUGUCCGGCUCCAUGACCACCAUGACUAGCACCGGCACUGCUGCCUCUUCCACUGAGACUGGCUCCGGCAGCUCCAACUCCGACUCCGACUCCAACGGCUCCGGCUCUUCUGACUCCAGCAGCCAGUCCGACUCUGCCUCCGGGUCUGCUGCUCCUUCCACCAGCACUGGCGCUGCUGUCCCUAUGGCCACAGUCGGCAGUGGUGCUAUGGGUGCUCUCGGCCUGGUCGCUCUCCUCGCUCUGUAAAUUUGCCCGUCUAUGUGAUGGAGCAGAGUCCCUCUGGUAAUCUAUGGGUUAUGAAUCAUGUGUCGCCGUUUGGCUUGUAUAGGUACAGGAUAUGAACCGGGGUCAUGAUUGGUACAAUAUUACUUAUUCUCCUGCUCUUCGGAGCUGUUAAUCUAAUGACCGACUUAAUGGAUGGAAUAUGAAUGAAAU